UCGAGCAGAACCAUGGAGGUCCCAGCCAAGGAGGGCAUGCUGCACCUCCAAGGAGUGAAGUUUGGAAAGAAGAACUGGAGGAGAACCUGGGCCAUGCUGUUUCAGCCCAGCUCCACGGGGGUGGGGCGGAUGGAGCUUUACGACCUGCGGGACGGGGGAGGCAGCCCGGGCGUGAUGCCCGCCAAGCAAGGCCUGAAGAGGGCAGACAAGAGAGUAAUCCGCCUGGCGGACUGCCUCAGCAUCAACCCUGCCCCCGAGGAGGCCUGCCCUCGCGACUGCGCACCCUUCUGUCUGAGCACCACCCAGCGCAACUACAUCCUGGCUGCCAUGCCUGGGGAAAACUGGGUUGCCAUACUUUGUCAGCUGGCAUUCAAGAGAAAUGACAGAAACCCGAACCCAAAGACCAGGCCCCCGAGUGAGGAGGCGUCCAUGGCAGAAAACGAACUGUACUCCUCCUGGACCUCAGGUGCAGAUCAGUACCAGGUUACAGUCCAGAGGACCGAAGCCGCUAUAAGAUGUAAACUUGCAGGAUGUUACCUACUCUCAACCAACAAAGAAGCCAUGACCCUUCUGGACCCCCACUCUGCCCAGCCUGUUUACCGCUGGCCCUACCAGCUGCUAAGGCGCUUCGGCCAAGACAAGGAAGUAGUGACUAUAGAGGCUGGCCGUCGCUGUGACUCUGGGGAGGGUCACUUCACCUUCCUGUCCAAAGAUGCAGCUCAGAUCUACAGGGACAUUGAAGAGGGCAUCAGGCAUCAGAGUGGCAUGGACCUAAAAAUAAAGGCCCAAGCCUCUGUCUCAGCAUCCACUUCUGUUUCUGGCAAUAGGAAGUGCCACACAGGCUCCCAAUCAAAUCUCCCUGAGAGAACCAUCCCGGCACUGCCGCCUAGGAAUGUCUCCUUACCGAACCUCCCCAGCAGAUUUCCUCCUAACCCUCCGAGCCUCCCCACGGCCGAACCACUGACCCCACUUAACGCUACCACAAAGCCACAGGUUCAAGAGAGGCUGCCCUCGAAGGUACAGCCAGGUCUGCCGAUCAUCAACAGCGGGGAAGACAAUGAGCAGCAGGAAGCAAAUGAAGAGGAAGAGGAUUAUGACGAUGUGGGUGACGAGGAAAGACUCCUUUCUUUUGAGAGUAUUUGCCUUGAUGGUAAAAACGAGGAGGUGUCUCCUCUCUAUCACAACUUGAAGAAAUGGAUGGAGGGAGAGGAGGAGAGGAAAGUGGAGAGGGAAGUGGAGGCGGAGGGAGAAAGGGAGGUACAAGACCAACAGGACAGCCCCAGCCAAGAGUGCAUCUACACCCUGGUGAGCUUUAAACAGGCACAGCAAAAAGGUCACUGUGAAGAAGGAAGCCCAGACCCCCUGAACCCCCUGGACCUCAGGUCCUCCAUCAUCACAGCCUCUGAAAUCCCCAUGGACUUCAAAACAAAGCUCUGCAACAUUCUCUCCAAAGAUCUGGCCAAGGUCCAGCCCCCCCUCCCAGCUAGGACCACUGACGCAGCCAAGAUAGUCUUUAAUGACUGAGACGAAAAUGCCGCCUGUGUCAAAACUGAGGAAGAUUAAACUACAUUUACAGUCAUUGAUUAAACAGACACUUUUAUCCAAAUCCAUUCACAAGGCCAUUAUGACAAGCAAUAUGAAGCGCAAAUAUUUAUGCCUCUGCUGAGGCCUAUAUGUUUGACAGUUCCUGGAAUGCUGCAAGGCUGCUUCAGUAACACAGAUAUCAAA